AUGUCCAGUCAAGCUGCAGAGCAUGUCAAGAGCCCCGCAAGACUACCCGAUGACACUCACCAUGUCAUUGUGAAGCUGGAAACCAUCCACGUCCCCGCACCUACGAUUGAUCUUUCACCUCUCACUCAUGAGCUCAUAACAUACGAGUACACUCCGCCCAAGGCCAAGGCGCUCAUCGCUGCGAGAAUCCAAGAUGCGAGUAUCGUGACGCUCACAACGGUGCCUAUCAAUGCAGAGACGCUGGGUGAAGCGCCGUACCUGAAAUGCGUGAUAUCCGAGACAACUGGAACCAACCAUAUUGAUCUGGAAGAGUGCAAGAAACGAAAUAUCACCGUCAUGUUCUCGCCACAUGCGGCGACUGAAGCUGUAUCCGAGCACGCCCUUGGACUUUACUUUUCAGUCAGACGCUCUUUUGUCCGUCUCCACAACGCAUUGACCAACCAUUCCCCCAACGCCUGGGCAUUAUCUGGCAGCAUGUCCAACAUAUUGAAAGACACUCAAGGUCAGCCACCCCAUACUUGCGGCAAUGAGACUGUCGGCAUCCUUGGUUUCGGGGCGUUAGGGCAACGGUUAGCCCGUCUUUGUGAAGCCUUGGGAAUGAAGGUUCUCGUCGCUGCAAGAAAAGAAGCCAAAAGUGGUCCUGGCUCCAACUCGGGAGGGAGUCAACGGACGGCCUUUGAUGAGGUUUUGCGUCGGGCUACCGUCCUCUUCAUCACACUUCCCCUCACACCGCAAACCCGAAACACGAUAGGGUUGCAGGAAUUUCAGUGUAUGAGACGCGAUGCGGUGCUGGUAAAUGUUGGUCGCGGAGGCUUGGUGGACGAAAAAGCACUGGUGCAAGCUCUCCGUCAGAGACUCAUUCAUGGAGCAGCGACUGAUGUGUUUGAGCAUGAGCCUGCUGGUAGUGACCAAGACAGUGUUCUACUCAGCGAGGAGGCGAAGGGACUCAACUUGACUCUCACUCCUCAUCUGGCUUGGUGUGCGGACCAGACGACGGUUAAUAUGCAGGAAAUCAUUGUCGAGAACUUGAAAGAGUUUCUUCGGGGAGGACGCAAGAAUGUUGUCUCAGCAUAG